CCCGGAAUAUAUAGAUCACUGGAGCGCAAUGAAGUAGCCUUUGGAGACGGAGGGAGGGAGGGGGCCCGUCGAACAGCCACCAGACCAGCUCUCGGCUGCAGGGUGGCAGCAUCAUCCGCGUCUGCAUCCCGGCCGUUCGGCCCGCGAGGAGGCAGCAGCGGCCGCCUGCGCCUGCGGAGGAGACGGCGGAGCGGCGCAGAGAGGCGAGGACGAUCUAGGAGCGCGCGGCCGCCGGCGCCACGCAUCUCCGCACUUCCACACCAACUCCUGCGCCUUGCAACCCGGAGCCCGGGACUGGGGGCUCCCAGAGCCUCCUUGAAGCCAGCGGGAUCCAGCCCCACGAGCCGGGCCAGCCCGGCUCCUAGUCCCCCGGCUGCCGGUCCCUGCGGCGGGGUCCCUGCUCCUGCGCCCCUGGCGCGUUUCCCGGACAGCCAGGUCCCCGCGGCCAGGACAAAGCCAUGAAGCCGGCGCUGCUGGAAGUGAUGAGGAUGAACAGAAUUUGCCGGAUGGUGCUGGCCACUUGCUUGGGAUCCUUUAUCCUGGUCAUCUUCUAUUUCCAAAGUAUGUUGCACCCAGUCAUGCGGAGGAAUCCCUUUGGUGUGGACAUUUGCUGCCGGAAGGGGUCUCGAAGUCCACUGCAGGAACUCUACAACCCCAUCCAGUUGGAGCUGUCCAACACUGCCGUCCUGCACCAGAUGAGACGGGACCAGGUGACAGACACAUGUAGAGCCAACAGCGCCAUGAGCCGCAAGCGCAGGGUACUAACCCCCAACGACCUAAAGCACUUGGUGGUGGACGAGGAUCAUGAGCUCAUCUACUGCUAUGUGCCCAAGGUGGCAUGCACCAACUGGAAGAGGCUGAUGAUGGUCCUGACUGGGAGGGGCAAGUACAGUGACCCCAUGGAGAUCCCAGCCAACGAGGCCCACGUAUCCGCCAACCUGAAGACCCUCAACCAGUACAGCAUCCCGGAGAUCAACCACCGCUUGAAAAGCUACAUGAAGUUCCUGUUUGUCCGGGAGCCCUUUGAGAGGCUGGUGUCAGCCUACCGCAACAAGUUCACACAGAAGUACAAUACCUCCUUCCACAAGCGCUACGGCACCAAGAUCAUCAAACGCCAGCGCAAGAACGCCACACAGGAGGCCCUGCGCAAGGGCGAUGAUGUCAAGUUCGAGGAGUUCGUGGCCUACCUCAUCGACCCCCACACCCAGCGGGAGGAGCCCUUUAAUGAGCACUGGCAGACCGUCUAUUCGCUCUGCCACCCCUGCCACAUCCGCUAUGACCUCGUGGGCAAGUACGAGACACUGGAGGAGGACUCCAAUUAUGUGUUGCAGCUGGCCGGUGUGAGCAGCUACCUAAAGUUCCCCACCUAUGCAAAGUCGACCAGAACUACCGACGAAAUGACCACGGAAUUCUUCCAGAACAUCAGCUCAGAGCACCAGACGCAGCUGUACGAAGUCUACAAACUGGAUUUUUUAAUGUUCAAUUACUCAGUGCCAAACUACCUGAAGUUGGAAUAAAAGGGGGUGGGGGUGGGGGGACAGGGGAGAGGGAGAGAAUCCUGUUUUUUAAUUUAAGAUUUUUAUUUGUCAAAAGAAUUCUAUGGAUAUUGGGUUAUUUUGUAAAUUAAUAUGUCUUUGGGGGAGAUGCUGCGAGCGGCAUGGUGAGCGUAUUUAAAUCCUUCAGGGGAAGGACAGCUGUCUUUGCAGGGGAGUGGGGUGGAUGGUCCCUGUUUUUAGAAGUGGGUACUCCAACACUGUCUCAAAGGUGUCCUUGUGUUAUGGUGAAUUCACGAACUGUGUGUUCCAUAAAGUCUAAUGAAUCUUAUUUAUAGUUAUUUAAAGUGGUCUCUGUAUAGGUUUCUUUUUUGUGGCAGCAGAAUUGUAAUGUCUUUCCAGAAGAAAUCUACAGUCUGUGCUUUACUACAGCUCAUUUAGGGGCAUGAUCUUCUUUCUAACCUCUUCCGGAAUCCUAUGGUGAUGGCUGCUGGAAUGUAUAUGGAUGCCACCAUUCAAGAAACUCAAGCUAGAAAUAAAUAAAGUGCCCUUGCACUUAGAAACAGAGUGGGACUAGUUCCAAACUAACUGCCGACCCUUGCACUAAAGAAAUGUGAUUUUUUUUAACCCAUGGGUAGAGCUGAUGAUAUCAAUUUCUGUUCACCAAAAUCAGCAAUUUGAUAGACUAGGGGUUUGUGGACAUUUUUAACUGGCAGUGCCAGGUGUUAGUGAAGGCCGAGUAGCUGUUGUUACUUUAUAUUCAAUAGAUAUUUAUUGAGCAUCUACUACAUUCUAGGCCCAAAUGCAGGCCCAGUGGGUACAGCAUCAAGUGAACCUAGUAGCCUUGGCCCUCACGAAGCUUUAUGUGAACACAGAGCAUCCAGCUCGACAGUGUCCAGAACCCCACAGUCCUACACAGGUUCUGGACUAUUACUACCCAGAAGGUCUGUGACCCCAACAAAUACACAUUUUUCUACAGCUCCGAUUUUAAAAUCACACACUUGGAUCAGGCUACUUAACUUGUUGAGUGACCCAAGUUCAUUGCCUGUCAUAAGAUACAGCAGAAAUAUUUCAGAUCGUGUGUGCCUGCUGUAGUUUAUUGGUAGUGACUGCCUGUAAGCCCAGAAAGGAUUCUUCAGGCACAUCAUGGAGGAGUACUGGGACUGAUUAGUGAUGUCUGCCAUGGGUGAGGGAAGGGGAACAUUUCUCAAGUGCCUCCUACUGACAUUUCCAGUUCACAUCCCCAUAUAAAAGUGUCUUCCCCUGCCCACCACCCAAAAGACUGCAGUGCAUGCAAUUGGAGAUUGCAAGGCCUGGCGUGAAGGUCAGAGGUAGACCCCUGGUACCCAUAUACACAUGCACACAAUCCCACAUGCAUGGACAGAGCAACCUUCCAGGGCUCUUAACUCGCUGUCUCCUGUUCCUUGCUGAUGAACACCAAAACCCACUUCUCAUUUCUGGCUAUUUCUGAUGCUUCUCAGUUGAAGUUUGAGCCACAUCCCCCUUAGAACCCAUGACCAAGUCGGCAAAAGAUGCUGUACAUAAUGAUAAUAGUUCUAAUGACAGGGGAGGGGUGGGGCCUGUUUUGCUUUUUGUUUAGUUUUUGAUGCAGUAUAGAGGGAAAGGGUGAGAAUAUUCUAAAAAGAAAACCAAAAUGCAUAAUUUAUUCCACAGAAACUAUUAAAAGGGUAUUGUCAGCUCGCAGCAAGCCCCAAGAGCAACAGCUGCAACGUCUCACCAAGGAAAUGAUUUUGUUCAAUGUGAGGGAAAUGUGAGCCAGCGAGGCUGGCUGCAGCUAUUUAUAAAAUGUGGGUACCUUUCUUCUAAGCCUUCACCCCAUACCUUUGAUGGAUAGAUUUAUGUCAUGUGUUUGACCAAAAAGAGUGACAGGCCGUGGCCAUUCCUGGAGUAGAGGGGGGGAUCUGUCCUCAGAAAGCUAGCCUCUGCUAAUGAAGUUUGUGUGUCACUAAUAUAUGCUCCACAGAGCCCAAACUCCCUGGAUAUCAGUUUGGAGAGAUUUGUGGCACAUAUUGUUAGGAAACAGAGUUAGGUCAGGUUCCUACAGGACUUUUCAGGGCCUUGAAUGGUCUGCCUUGUGAGUCCACCAGAAUGUAGCACUUCCUGGGCUGCACGACCAGGGUACCCUGAUCAUGCCUCAGCUGGUAUUACACACAAUAGCUUUUGAGGAAGGUGAUCUAGCAUGCCUAAGGUCUGCAAAGAUAAAAACUGCCUCCACAGAUCCCUCCACAAACAAAUUAGCAAAAACAGGACAGCCCAUAGCGUCCGUCUGGUUUAUAGCAACCAAGGUACUUUGCAAAAUGAAUUAGCUUUUACCUAUCUGUGAUGAUUCUAUCCUGGAUACUGCCCGAGACAGCAAUCCUCAGCCUUCCCAAGCAUGGGGGAGGAGGGAGAAGAGGGCUCAAGAUGGAGGGUGGGGGUGGCAGAAGGCCACAAAAUGGCCCCUACUCCUAACCUUAAAGGUUGUUCAAUGGGGGUAAACGCCCUUGUAGUAAGUGCUUCUCCACUCUUCAUCCAUUUGGAGUCACUCAUCAUGUGCUUUGGGGAUUGGUUUAAAUGGAAAUUCAUGUUGAUUCCACGUUCUGCAUUGCUGUCUGUCUUUUCUUCAUGGUAUAGGCUUGCUCGGUGCUGCAUCCAGAUGGUAGUUCAUCCGUUUCUCACUCUAAAGUGAGAAAGAUUGUCCUUCAGGGAACGAUGCGCCAAUGUGCGUCUGAAAUGAGGGACUCUUUCUCCUCCUGAUCUGUUUUGUGUUCACAUUUUAUUUUCUGAUGAUGAUUUUUUUAAAAUAUAUUGUUUCAACUAUUUUGUAGAAUGUAGAAAGUAUUCUGUGUCUUUGGCUAAAGAAAUCUAUUGGUAAAGUGUAUCUGGAAAUGGAAAGUGGUUUUUAAAGGAAAAUGUUGGAAAGCUUUCUCCUGCAUGCCUGGCACUUAGCUGGAGGAACGGAGCAGCAGGCAUCCAGCUCCUGGCUGCAGUUCAAAGAUGCAGCUGCAUUCAGGACCAGGUACAGUCAGGCAGAAUAAGGCCAUUUCCAUUUAGCCUACCCCUUUGGAUGGAAGAGUCUAGAAUACAGGCUUCAAGGUUCACCACCUGUAGCUUCUCCAGCCCACACCUACCCUGUGUCCACCCCAGCUGGUCUGGGCAGCGGCAACCUGCUGUCGGGACACACAGUUCCCUCCGCCUGGUCACAGCAGCCUGGUCAGUGACUGGCAGCCACAAGAGAACCGCAGGAGCCGUGAACUUCCCUCAGGCCAGUCCUCCUGGGCACACAGGUCUAGUCCACGUUCCAAGAGAGUUGCAGGGCCGUGUGUAAGGCCCUACACACUGAGCUGGUGAGAUCAUGAUUGCCAAAGCCCAUGUUGUUUCAACAUGACAAAACCCACCAGGACUUUGCUUGCUUCCUCAGGCAGCCUCUGCUUCCUCUGCCCAGUCCUGCCCUACACACACACAUACACACACACACACACACACACACACACACACACAGGAGACAUACAUAUACACAGAAACCACACAUAUAUACACACACAGACACAUGAACACACAAUAAGACACAAACAGAAAUACACAUACCAUACAUGCAUACAUGUGUACACAAGUCCCACCCUGUGUGCUUCUGGUAUCUGACUCUCAUACUGGCCCACCCCUUUGUCAGCAGGACUGACUCCAUGACUCCCCGAGGUUCCCCCACUACAGCCAACCAGACCCUCUGAAUAGGCAACAGAACCUUCUAGAAUUAGCUGGGCCCUUGGCUCUUUGCAGAUGAAUUUCAUCUACUGUCUAUGUCAGGUACAGAAGGCUAUCUGUAUUCUCUUCUGAGCAUGCUCAGUGUAGCAUAUGGACAUGGAAUUUAACAUCUUUGCCAAGUGUGGUUUUUUUACAUAUUUGUAUGCAGUUGAGGGCCUGUUGUAGAAAUCUCUCCCUGUAUCUUACUACACUGUUGAAGAAAGCUGAAUUCCACGUUGCCAACAAACGUGUGAAAUGUUCAUGAACCUUCCUCCAGGAAAAGCCAUUCAAGCCUGAUUAUUUUUCUAAGUAACUUCAAUUAAAUUGAAGAAAAACCUGAA